ACCAGGACUCAUUUCCCACACAUUGCGGUUUCUGGCAACGAAAAGACAACUUUGGAGCAGUGCUGCGUCAACUUCACGUUAGCAUUCGUGAUAAAGUUAAUAUCCCUGUAAGGAUGCAGAACAGGAGGAAAGCCUUUGAUAGGCUAUGUCCAAAUAGGAUUGUGGAUCUACAAAACAGACAGAACAAAAAGCCAGUGAAGGUCGAGAAAAAGGUGUCAAAAGGGUUUUAUGCAGGUGCCAGUGGAUCAGUGUCUAUCUAUGUGGAUCCAGAUCCUAAUACAGAGAACACAGCGCUUUCCACAAUUGACUGGCAGGACCUGGCUGACUGUGACGCUGUCAUACAGCAGGACGCCGCGGGGGGCGCUCUCACCCAGCAGGGACAUUGUCUGCAAGACGCGUCUCAGUUCGAUCUGCAGGAUUUCAGAGAUGCUGUGGAUAACUUUAUUACCGACCAGUCCUCCCUCAUGCAGACUGCUAUGGGCUCUGCAGACUUCCAGCUUCCACCUUGUGAUGUGUCCGUGUUUGACCCUUGCAUGCCCGCACCCCAGCCGGCCCAUCUCCUGCCCAUCAACGUCCAGCCUAUCCCUACGACUGAGCAGUACUGGAGAGACGUGGCUGAUCACAACCAGAAAGCCCUGGGGAAUGCCUUGGUGGAAAAUAACCAGCUGCACGUAACCCUGAGUGAGAAGCAGGAAGAGAUCGAGUCCCUGAAGGAAAAAAACGUCCAGCUCAAGGAACUGGCUAACCAGGCAAAGCAUCUGGCCUCAGUGCUUGAUAAGCUGAUGUACCACAAAUCCAGAGGGAAUGAGAAGCUUUCAUCUGACACACUGACAACAAGACAAUCAGUGAAGAGAAACUUAGAGGAAUACUACCCUCAGAGCAACGAGCAAGCCUGCAGCCAAGUGGAUGAGAUUUUGAGGGAGAUCUCAAAGAAAUGCAAUGCUGCUCUCAUGGGCAGCGGCUACCCAGAAGCCAAACGUCCCAAACUUCAAUCCGAGGAACCUAUGGAUCGAUCAGGAGACAACCCAAAGCAAAACAUCAAAAUGUGCGGGGCUUUCCAAGGACUUAAGACAGUCACAGGACACAACUCAGUGGAUCUGGUGGACACUGACAUAGAAGAAGAUAUCUCCUUCAGGACCUCCAUAAAGGAUCACUGCACCAUCCGGACUCUGGCUUAUCCCCAGGGAAAUGCCUUCACAAUCCGCACAAGUGGAGGAGGGUACAAGUUCAGAUGGGUUCCCAAUUGAGGAUAGCCACAAUCAGCUAACUACACUUCCAAAGUCACUCGUGGAAUCGCCAAUUAGUUUCUCAUGAUGGUGCUUUCUUGCCGUAAUGACGGUUAUCCGGUUCGCCACUAGAGGGCGUGCGACGCCAAACCCUCCUGCUAAGUCACCGUACAGGGCUUUGGGAAUUGCCCAUUACAUAACAUUGUAUCCGUGUCCGCUGGUAGUACUGGAUCAAAAACACAGCUCUCAGGGUCUAGUAAGACUGCAGUAACCCUACGACUGCCAGGUGUACAUUCCUAUAUAGUACAAGUGUUUAUUGAUGAGUAUAUUGUCAUUGCAUUUUAACAAUCAAAUGAAGGAAAUCUAUUUUGGUGAUUUGA